AACGAAAGCUUCAAGGACAAAUAGGACAAACCUUUUAACAUUGAAUUUCCAUUUUCGAAAGGAAAAUCGAAUAAUGUCCAGUACGAAUACAAAACGUAUUGUUUAUGUGGGUGGUUUAGCAGAGGAGGUAGAUGAAAAACUUUUACAGUCAGCAUUUAUCCCUUUUGGUGACAUUACAGAUAUAAAUAUACCAUUAGAUUAUGAAACAGAAAAGCAUAGAGGUUUUGCAUUUAUUGAAUUUGAAUUAGCAGAGGAUGCUGCUGCAGCUAUUGAUAAUUUAAAUGAUUCAGAAUUGUUUGGAAGAGCUAUAAGAGUUAAUUUAGCCAAGCCAAUGAAAAUAAAGGAGGGAGCAACAAGGGCAGUAUGGUCAGAAGAUUCAUGGCUACAGGAGCAUGCAGGGAAAACAUUAGACAAAUCAUCAGAGGAAGUCGAGGAAGACAAAGGAACAAAACGACCUGCUGAGGACACAGAUAUGAAUGCAUCACCAGCCAAAAGAAGCAAAGGAAAUCCACAAGUGUUCUUUGAUAUUAAUAUAAACAAUAAAGAUGUUGGUAGAAUUUCUAUAGAACUGAGGGCUGAUGUAGUUCCAGUCACAGCUGAAAACUUCAGAUGUUUAUGUACACAUGAAAAAGGCUUUGGAUACAAAGGAUCAAGUUUUCACAGAGUUAUACCACAAUUUAUGUGUCAGGGAGGAGAUUUUACAAACCAUAAUGGUACAGGUGGAAAGUCUAUAUAUGGUAAAAAAUUUGAGGAUGAAAAUUUUAUAUUAAAACAUACAGCACCUGGGACAUUAUCAAUGGCAAACUCUGGUCCUAACACAAAUGGUUCACAAUUCUUCAUAUGUACAGAGAAAACAGAUUGGUUGGAUGGUAAACAUGUGGUAUUUGGGAAAGUAGUACAAGGCAUGGAUGUUGUAAGAAAAUUAGAGGCCUGUGGUAGCAAAGGAGGGACAGUAUCAAAGAAAAUUAAAAUUGCUAACUGUGGUGAACUUGUGUGACAGAUCAUUCUAUUGUAUAUUUAUCUAUGUUUUAUAAAAAAAAGUCUCAAAAUUAA